UUUCUCUCCAUAACAAUUACAAGUACUACAUACAUACGUAUGAGAAAAAAUCUGUGCAAUUCGUUGUGUUGUCAAAAUUACAAUGCAUUCCAUCCGAGCUCGCAGGAGUCCGGCACACGGAGGUUAAUCGCGUAUAUAUACUGCGUGCACAUACGCACAGCAUAUUACAUCGUCCGCCAAUACCACACCACGACUAGUGCUCUCGCUGCUCAACCUCGUCGCUCCUCUAAACUCGCGUGCGUGCGCGAAAAGCUGAGCUUUGUUGGCCUGUGAAAUCUCGCGGAGCGACUGACACCCCAGCAGACCCGCUGCAACAGUUAUUCCUCGGCGUGAUUAAGUUUGAGCCAGAGGAUGGCGACUAUACUGCGUUCGCUUAAGUUCGUGCACAAGCUCAACGUCGGCCCCGGCGGCAGGAGGUUAGGAUCGGCAGCUCUGCAUAGGCUCAGCGGCACCCGGCCGCUUGGAGCCCAGCCACUGGCCAGCCUCAGCUCCGAGCAGCGGAAUUAUGUAACCAAUGUAGCCGUUAAACAGAAUUAUAACAAUCGAGGGAACAUUGACUUGAUGCUCAACGAUGUGGACAGGAAGAUCAAGAACUUUGGAAACAUUUAUAAGAAUGACGUGGAAGACCUUUUACAAGCUGUGACAGAGAAAGGUUCUAUAACAACCACACAGGCUCUACUUAUGAUCCGAUGUUGCGGUGAUUUUUUAUGCAGUGAAAGUUUGCAAACAAGGCAAGCAUUAGUCAAAAAUGUGUGGGAUACCAUAACAGGGUUGGGUCUUCAGCUAGAUAUAUCUCAUUACAAUGCUCUGCUGCUAAUCAAUCUUGAGAAUGAAACAGAUUUUUCUCCAUUAGACAUUUUGGUGGAAUUAAAAGAAAAAAAUAUACAGCCAAAUCGCGUAACAUUUCAGAGACUAAUUGAACAAUACUGCAACAAGGGAGACAUUGCUGGUGCUACUAAAAUUUUGGAGCACAUGAGUGCACAAGAAAUUCCUAUAAACGAGGUUAUUUUUAAUUCAUUGAUUAAAGGACACUCGGAAGCUGGAGAUGUACAGAGUGCAGUCAAAAUAUUGGAGAUAAUGAAGCAAGCUGGAAUCGAGCCUUCGUCACGAUCAUACACAGCCGUCUUAUGCACACAUGCCAAAAGUGGUGACAUAGAGGCUAUUAGAAAUACGUUAAAUGAUUGUAAAGAGAAAGAUAUUUUAUUAGCAAACAAAGAAAUUUUGGAAGUUAUUUACACUCUCGCACUUAACAAACAAUUAGAACACAUAGAUGAGAUAAUGUCUUUGUUACUAAAAGGAUCGACAUACAACAGAGAGGCCAUUCCAUUUAUCUAUAAGCUGAUUGAAAAAAAUCGUAUAGAAACAGCUUUUAAACUGUUAAAAUCAUUGGUAAAAAAUCCUUUGAGGCAAUCUGAAGACGAGAAAACUGACAGCGGACAGUUCUUCAUUAGAAAAUUGGUCACACAUGACGUGAAUCCCGAAACUGUCGUCAAGUAUUGCAAAAUUAUGCAAGAAGAAAAGUUAAAUCAAAAUGCAUUUAUUCUGGCCAUAUAUACUGCUUUUACAAAUGAUAAACAUCAUUUAGCUCUCCCAUUAUUGAAAGCUUUGAAGGAGUCUGGUGCAGAAAUAAGAGAACACUACUUUUAUCCACUUUUUGUUUCAUAUAGCAAAGUCAAUAACUUACAGGGUAUAUUAAAUACCAUGAGGACUAUGAUUUUUGAUUUUAAUAUUGCACCAUCAAUUCUUGCUGUAAAAGACUACAUAAUUCCAUAUAUGGUAGAAAAUCCUAUAUCCAACUGCAACACUUUAGUUGAAAACAAUUUGCCAUUUUCAGUUGCUGCAAAUUCCAUGUUGUUACAUUUACUCAGUCAGAACAAAACUCAACAAGCUGCAAAAUUCAUAGUGUCCACGAACAUGCCAUACAGAGCAAGAAUUAUGAUACGACCGCUCGUCAAUGCGUUAGAAUAUACCAAAGAUGUGAAAUCUUUUAUGAACAUACUGCAUUAUCAAUACAUACAUAUGUUGAAUGACAAUUACAACAACGAUGAUGAGAAUACUGGGGAGCAGAUUUCUGCUAAGCAAUUCGUUAAUAUAGCAUUGGUCAGAGCUAUUGAUCAGUUAUCGAAAUUCAACGCAGAAUGUAUUAUUGAAGUUUUAAAAGAAUUAUCGGAAAAGGGGAUAAACAUUGAUGAUCAAGCAGCUGAGAAAAUCAAGUCACAUAUAGGCAAAAAUUUAACCCCUGAAAUCAAUGAUAUCAUAAAUGUCUUAGUGUCCGGUGACUUGACACCCGUACCUUUGGAAUCAGUACAAGGAAGAAGAGUAUUUUCCAAUCAGGGAGAUUUGUCAGCUAAUUUGGAAAGUCUUCAACAAAAGGCUGAAACCUCUAUUGAAUUCAAAAUAAUAUUGCUUCAAACAUAUGCAAAACUAAGAAAUCACGAGGGAGUUGUCAAGAUAUUGGAGGAAAUCGAAAAAGAAAAUCCAACAUAUACAGUUGGUUUAUGCGCAUCGCUAGUUGAUUAUUAUUCAAGAUCGGAAAGACUUGAAGAUGCUGAAAAAUGGUUCAAAAAAAUGUUGGAAAUUAAUCCUGAAUGCAAAAUAGAUAAAGCUAAAAUUUUAAAUUAUGCAGAUCUGUUAUUAAAGAACAACCGCAUCGAAGAUGCUCUCGAAGCACUCACCGUUCCAGUGAAUGACGUGGACUCAGACAGGACUUACUUGUGCGAAAAAUUGCUGUCGACUGUCAAGAAAAAUUCACCAGAUCGUAUAGACGAAUUCUUCAACGUUUUGAAUGACAGGAGAUUCUUUUCAAAAGUCACCGUAUCACUCCUCGGUUCUCUAAUUCGUGCGCCUCUUGAUUCAGGAGACACAACCAAAGCCAUAGAGAAAUUUAGGUGGGCCUGUGAAAAUUUUAAAUUGACGCCCCAGAGGAAUAUACUAAUGAUGAAACUUAUCAACGAUGAAGAUGCCAAGUCACUGCAAUACGUGACGGAUCUUUGCACGCAGAUCUACGGUGAAAUGAAUGCUUUGUUUGAUCUAGCCAUAGCAUUCUUUGACUGUAACCGACCGCGUCAAGCCAGAAAAAUUCUAGAAACUCCUGGCCUGCGUUUAAGAAGAGAAAGAGUCCUGUACACAGCCCAAAAACUAAGUGAACAAGGUGAUACAGAGCAACUCGAAAAUUUGAUCCAAUUGUUGACUGGCCUGUUUUUCGACAUGGAUCCUCUAUACAUAUUGAUGUUGCAAACAUAUGAAAAGAAUGGCAAUUGGGAAAAGUGCUUGUCUUUGUGGACGCAAAUGCAGGAAGACAAUAUUCAGCCAUCUUCCGUAUUCAUGGGUCACUUGGAAAGAGUAUUGAGAAAAUGCAACCAAGAAAUACCUUUUGCUACUACUUCCGUCGAAUUUGAUGACGACAGUGGAUUAGUCGGAUCUAAAACGUUUCACGAUGCCUUGACCGCUGGCAACUUGGACGGGGCAAAAGAAAUUUUGAAAAGUAUGCCAAAAAAACAACAAGGUAGAUAUUAUUUAUCACUAAUCGAGGCAUGCUCAAAUGUAAAUAAUGUCGACAUGGCUGUACAGAACCUGAUAGAGAGUUUAGACAGUAAAAUAGAGUUAGAUAAUGAAGCUCAAUCAGUCAUUACAAAACUUUUCGCUCAACUCAUCGAGAACAAUGAUUUCGAUACCCUCUGUGAAAUUAUGUCCAAGUCCAACAACAUCGGCACUAGAAAGAUGCCGUUAAACUUCAUACUUAACAAAUGCUAUUUCGAAGCUGGUAAAUACCAAGAAUUAAUUUCGAAUUUAGAAAGAGUCCUGGAUGAUCCUUCCAAGAAGAACUUGGCAAUCAAAUCCAUGUUUCACAACACAAUAGCAGCCAAAGCGAUGCACAAUAAUUCAGAAGUGGAGGAACAGGUCAAGAAGUUUGCACAGAAAGCGAUUAGCGGCGAAAUUUACGGCCCUAUAAACACAGUGUGGAUUCACGAGUACCUGAAUGGUAAUUCUGAGGCUGAAAAAAUUUGGGAGGAGCAUCUCAAGAAGAACCCAUACUUCCACAGUAUCAGCGCAGUUUUUAUUUGCAAAGACAGAGGUGUCUGGUCCAAGAUUCCACAGCUAGCAGAGAAAUUGGCAGAGGCCAGCGCUCUUCAAUUCGACGAUAAGCGAAGGACUUUUGCGACAUAUUUUAAAUGUAUCUUGGAGUCUGAGGAACCAAAUAAAUAUGAAUUGGCAUACGAGUGCCUGCGUCACGCAGUCAAAUCGAUCGGCUUUGACAGGGUAAAUCCCAAGGUGAUCAGUACAUUAGAAGAAAAUUUGCCUAAUGGACCAAGCAUCCAAGCAUUAAAAACGGAAAAUGAAGAAAGAACGCAAGAAAAGGCGACCGGAUAGAUAACUAUUAAGCUGUAAUGUAAGAAUCAUAAUUGAAAAUAUCCUUUUUUAGUAAGUGCAAAGAUGAGAAGCUUGAAUAGUUUUGUACAAAAAUUUAAAAAAAAGAACGUAUAAGAUCAUGAUGCAUGAUUAUAGCCCAGUCAAAAGCUAAUAUUAGUAUCAGUCAAUCACUUGUUUUUCCCUAGAUGACAAAUAAUAUUAAAACAUAAAUUAGACUGGGAACUCUUGAUGUUACACUCCUCAUCAAAAAUGAGUUACCAAGUAACUUAAUCCUUGCAAUCAUACAAGUAUUCAAGUUUUUUUGAGUAAUAUUUGUCUGAAUGAACGAAUGUUGAUUUAUUAAACGUUAAAAAAAUGUAUAAAUGUUCUGUAAAUGUGACAUCAUAAAAUUACAAUCUUGUUAAUUACA